GUGGCAUGUCUUUAUAAAUACCGCGAAAGCCUCUAUUUUGGCGGUCUUUUCCCUCCUGCAUAGAGAGAGAGAUGGGAGGGAGGUCAGAUGGAGGAGGAGAUCGGCCAUGGCAGUCUUAUACUACCGUAUAUACAAAUGCCAAAGCAGGAAUGGAUGGAGUUGACAAGGAGAAAGUGCAAAGGAUAGUCUAUGAGAUGAGCAAAGGCUCAAAAUAUUUCGAGAAUGAGCAACGCAAGGAGGCAUUCAUACAACAAAAAAUAGAGCACAUGCGUGCUCUAUGUGCAAAGCUCUCGCCGCUGGAUAUAUCUCAUUUUCAGAUGAUUGCUGAUAAAAGAAUCUCAGAGCUGGAAGCUACACGUGACCUGUCAAAAAUUUGGCUACAUGUUGAUAUGGAUGCUUUUUAUGCUGCUGUUGAGACACUAGAAAAUCCUUCAUUGAAGGGGAAGCCAUUAGCUGUUGGUGGCAUGUCUAUGAUCUGCACAGCUAGUUAUGAGGCUCGGAGAUUUGGGGUUCGUGCUGCAAUGCCUGGUUUUAUUGCAUGUAAAUUAUGCCCGGAUUUGAUUUUUGCUCCCCCAAAUUUCAAGAAAUAUACUUAUUACAGUGAACUGACAAGAAAAGUUUUUCAGAAGUAUGAUCCCAACUUCAUAGCAACUAGUCUGGAUGAAGCAUACCUCAAUAUAACCGAGGUCUGCAAAGAAAGAGGUGUGAGGGGUGAAGAAAUUGCUGAAGAGCUCAGGACAGAUGUUUACGAGGUGACUGGUCUUACAUGUAGUGCUGGCGUGGCACCAAAUCGCUUGCUUGCAAAGGUUUGCUCGGAUAUAAAUAAGCCGAAUGGGCAGUUUGUUUUGCCAAAUGACCGGAUGGCUGUCAUGACAUUUAUAUCAUCGCUACCGAUAAGGAAGAUUGGAGGCAUUGGGAAGGUGACAGAAAGUGUCCUAAGGGAUGUUCUUGGAAUCAUGACGUGUGAAGAGAUGCUACAAAAGAGUGCUUUCGUUUGUGCGUUAUUUUCUCAUUGCUCAACAGACUUUUUUCUAUCUGUGGGAUUGGGCAUAGGGAAAACUGAUACUCCUCAAGGUAAGCUGCGGAAAAGUAUGAGCAGCGAGAGAACAUUUUCUGCCACUGAAGAUGAGACGUUGCUUUUUCAAAGAUUGGCGGAUAUUGCGGAAACCUUGUCUAGUGACAUGCAAAAGGAAGGUCUUGGUGGUCGAACUUUGACACUGAAAGUGAAGACUGCAUCUUUUGAGGUUCGGACUAGAGCCAUGUCUUUGCAAAGGUAUAUUUGCUCAAGGGAGGAUAUCUUAAACCAUGCUACCAAGUUGCUAAAGGCAGAGCUCCCUCUUUCCGUGAGGCUUCUUGGUCUGCGCGUGUCGCAGUUCAAUGAUGACAGGUUGGGUCAUACCGAUCGCUCUCAAAAGACUCUCAUGGAUUUUGUAAUCUCAGGAGACACUUCUCGAAAAGUUACAGGUGGUAACAAUUCCUUGGUUUCGGAGAUUAAUGAUAAUAAUCUCAUGCAUUUUUGUCUUCCUGCUCACGGCGAUGGGGUCGGUCUGUCAAAUGAUGAUCUCCAUCAAUAUUUCAUCCCGGAUGAUUCUGGAUGCCCAUCUGAUUCUGAUCAUCUGUCUGAUCUUGAACAUAAGUGCCACACUGUUGAUAAUGCUGCUGCUGAAAUGCAUCAAAGCACAAGAUCUUUGAAAGAUGAAGAGCAUGCAACCCAGCUAGCCCAUGUUACACGAUCUCAUGAAACAGAACAUUGUUGUUCAUCUGGACAGUCCGAGGCCAACAACAUGGGUGAAAAGGAAAACAUAACUAGUCUCUUAGAUGAUAAAGUGGUAAUCUCAUCCUGUCGAGAAGAAAAACCCUUUUGGAUAGAUGACUACAGAUGUUCACUUUGUGGGAUUGAACUGCCUCCAAGUUUUGCUGAGGAGAGACAAGAACACUCUGACUACCAUCUUGCGGAGAUGCUUCAGAAGGAGGAAUCGAUGCAUAUCUCAGGAGACCUUAUGCAACGGCAGAGUUUCCUUACUAGGUCCAUUAAAAAAGCACGGCAUGCUAAAGAAAGUGCACGUAAGAAGCAAAAGUCAUCCCCCAAAGACGGCAAGUAUCUUCCCAUUGAUUUGUUCUUUCUUAAGGGUAAUAAGAACUUGUAGUAUAGUAUUUCUAUUUGCUGAUGUAUAUAUCAAAAGGUUCAUUUUUCUUCUUCAAUUCCAAGUUAUAUGUACCAUAAUGAGGGUGUUUUAAUAUCAUGAAGUAGCACGAUUGUUUGAAGCUUAACCUCAACAUUCCAUAAUAAAAUUCCUUA